CAAGUGGUAUAAAUUUCGCGCCAAUUUUCUGUCGUGUCUCUCCUUGAUUAAUCUCGAUUUUUGUUGAUUUUUCUAACUUGAUGACAAGUAUAGUUUACGUAUCAACGUAAACACAUAAUAUUAUUUCAAAUGAUAUUUAAAAGAGAACAAAAAUUACAAUAACAAGUGAGAUAUAUUCGAAGUUGUAUAUGUAUAACCUAAUAUAAGCACACCUAUUCUCGUAAACAGUAUCAAUUAACAAUAUUAAUAUGGGUGAUGUGUCGGAUUUACUCGAUUUAUUGCCAGUUUAUUAUUCGAGAUUGUUUCCAUUUGCUGAUUAUUAUAGGUGGUUAAGUUAUGGAAAUGCGGGUACAUUCAGCAAGAGAGAAUUCUCCUUCACUCUUUCAGAUGAUAUUUAUAUACGUUACCAAUCAUUCGCUGAUCAGAAGGGACUGUCGGAUGAAAUUAAAAGAUUGCUGCCACAUAAAAUUGAUAUAGGAGCGGUUUAUAAUGUCCAGCCAAAAGAUCAAAGAAGAGGUCCUAAUUUUCAGCCAGUAGAGAGAGAAUUAGUGUUCGACAUAGAUAUGACUGAUUAUGAUGAAGUGCGGACAUGCUGUAAAGGAGCGGAUAUAUGUGGGAAAUGUUGGAAAUUCAUGUCGCUUGCUUGCAAGAUAUUGGACAAUGCGUUGAGAUUGGAUUUCGGCUACAAACAUAUUUUGUGGGUUUUUUCUGGCAGAAGAGGUAUUCAUUGUUGGGUAUGUGACGCAGCAGCUCGCAGCUUGUCAGGACAAAUACGUGCAGCAGUUGCUGAAUAUUUACAAGUCAUAGGUGGAGGUGAAUUUAUGAAAAAGAAGGUACAUCUCGCAGGCGAUAAGAUUCACCAUUCCAUUAAGCGCGCUCUCGAUAUAAUUGAUCCUGUCUUUGUCGAAAUGUGCGUUAAAGAGCAGAAUAUGCUGGGUACAGAGGAAGGAAUUGAGAAAUUCCUUCCGAUACUGCCUAAUGAGGAAGACAGACAAGACGUAAAGGCAUUGUUCAACAAAGAAAGUACCAGCGAAGCAAGAUGGCACACAUUCGUACAAUAUAUCGAAUCUAAACGAACGGAGGGAGAUCGAAAAUGGUACUUGUACCGUCACUUGAUAGAGGAGAUAAAAUUGCAGUACUCGUACCCCAGAUUAGACAUAAACGUGAGCAAGGGCUUAAAUCACCUGCUGAAAUCUCCCUUCUGCGUUCAUCCGAAAACUGGCAAGAUCUGCAUACCGUUCAAUGUGAAUGUGGUGGACAAGUUUGACCUUGACAAGGUUCCCACGAUAAUGACCUUGAUAGACGAGAUCAACGCGUACGACAUAAAGGACAAGGCCGAGGAGGAAACGUACGACUUGAAUAAAAAGCGAAUAAAGGAUUACAAGAAAACAAGUCUGAACAAAUCGCUGCACGUUUUUCAAGAAUUCUUGCGACACUUGGAAGCCGAGCGCCGGGAGCAGAGAUUAAAGGGAAAACUGUCAACCGACAGUAUGGAAUUUUAAGAGAUGAUCUUGACAAUAUAUUAUUUCUUCGCUCCUGUGCACAUGAUAUAAUAAUAUUAUUUAUAAGAUUAAAAUGUAAAAACUUUUGUAAAAUUAAAAGCAACGAGUAUCUUACGAUCUCCGAGUUUUGCUUUUACUUUUACGUAUAUAAAAUCAAUGCACGUAAGUAGGGCCACGCCGGCUUGGAUCGAACAAAAAUCGUGACUUUCGAAUUUUUCCAGCGAAACCGAAACGGCUUAAAAAUCGCCUAUGUGAGGCGCGUUAACGAGAGAUCUUUCUCUAUCUUGGAUCGCGAAACGAGUCUUUACUCCACUUUUUGGAUCAACUAAAACUAGAUGAAAGAUUCCGGACAAAAGUUAAUUCGCUCUUUCGCAUAUGAAUUAUCGUGUGAAAUUUCUUUGCCGGCGGUGGUACAUGUUCCCGUUAAAUUAGAUUGUACGAGUUUAUAUUAACAAGCAAAUAUACACAAGAGAGUUGAA